AUGAAUACUGUUUCUCAAACAUCACGCCACUUGAAUUUUGAUGAUUAUUCUUUGGAAGACAUUGGAAUACCUAUUACUCCAACAAAGACUAAUGAAAUCGAUGAAAGUAUGGUACCGAAGGUAGGGCUUGAGUUUGAAACAGAAGAAGCUGCUUAUAUGUUUUACAAAGCAUAUGCUGAAAAGGCUGGAUUUGGUAUACGGAGGAGUAAAAUGCAUAAGGGCCGUUCGGGAGAAAUUUUAGACAGAGUAUUUGUAUGUGCUUGUGAAGGACAACGUGCAAGUGAUAAACGAGAUGACGUUGUAAAACAACAUCGUCCAGAAACUAGAUUUGGUUGCAAGGCAAAAUUGAGUGUCUCUUCUCGAUCAAAUGGAAAAUACAGAAUUUAUAAAUUCAUAUCUGAGCAUUCUCAUGAUCUUGUAAGCCCAUCUAAAAGUCACUUUUUGAGGUCGCACAGAAGUUUAAAUGAUAUCCAAAGGUUUCAAAUUGAUAUGGCACAGAGUUCUGGUAUAACACCUAAAGCAAGCAUGGAUUUAUUAGCACGACAAGCUGGUGGACGUGAGAAUGUUGGUUUCAUUCGUGAUGAUUAUAAAAAUUAUCUACGUACAAAGCGUACCAUCCAAAUGAAGUUUGGUGACACUGGGGGAGUGUUGGAGUACCUACAAAAAAAGCAAGCAGAAGAUCCAAAUUUUACAUAUGCAAUACAAGUGGAUGUUGAAGAUUUAAUUACAAAUAUAUUUUGGGCCGAUGCAAGGAUGAAGGUAGAUUAUGACCGCUUUGGUGAUGUUGUGUGUUUCGAUACAACAUAUCGAAAACAUAAAGAAGGUCGUCCACUUGCUCUUUUUGUUGGAGUUAACCAUCAUAAACAAAGUAUCAUAUUUGGUGGCGCUUUGUUAUAUGAUGAAACCAUAGAAACUUUUGAAUGGCUAUUUGAUACAUUUUCUCGAACAAUGUCGGGAAGGAAGCCAAAUACUAUUCUUACAGAUCAAGACGCAGCUAUGGAUAAGGCAUUGUCAACACAAUGGCCUGAAACUAAGCAUCGACUUUGUGUUUGGCAUAUGUAUCAAAAUGCAGCCAAACAUCUUAGUGGUAUUUUUGACAAAUUUAAGAGUUUUGCUAAAGAGUUCAGCAGCUGUGUUUAUGAUCACGAUGAGGUCUCUGAAUUCAUUCGUGCUUGGGAUGAUAUGCUUGAAAAGUAUAAUCUGAAAGAUAAUGAAUGGCUGAAGAAGUUAUAUGAAAAUAAGGAGAAAUGGGCAUUAGUUUAUGGGCGUGAAACAUUUUCAGCUGAUAUGAGUACUACACAGCGCAGUGAAAGUAUGACUAGUAAGGUAAAACAAUAUAUUAGUUAUAAACAUGACUUGUUACAAUUUUUCCAGCAUUUUCAGAAUUUACUUGAUGAUCGACGCUAUGAUGAGUCUAAAGCAGAUACUAAAUCUAGUAUUAGCAUGCCUGCUUUACCAUAUCCUGCUGAAAUUUUGAAACAUGCUGCUAGUGUUUAUACUCUCGAAGUAUUCAAAAUAUUUCAUGAAGAAGUUUGGAAGACAUGGAAUUGCAAUAUAGAAAUUCUUCAGGAGGUUCAGACAAUUACGGAAUACAAGGUUACUUCUGAAAAACCUUAUUCACAUAUUGUGAAAUUUGAUUCAAAUGAUUGUUCGGUAACCUGUAGUUGUAAAAAAUUUGAAUUUGUCGGGAUCUUAUGUGCACAUUCUCUAAAGAUAUUUUUCUUGAAGAAUAUCAAAAGAGUGCCUGAUGGUUAUAUCAAAAAAAGAUGGACGAAAAAUGCUAAAGUUGCUUCUACAAGUAUUCCUCAAUAUCUCUCCACAGAUGAUGAUCCAAAGAUUGCAACGAGAAGGCGUUAUAAGGAGUUGUCAUAUGUAUUUAAUAGGUUGGCCGAAAGAGCUGCUGAAACAGAAGAAACAUAUCAAAUUGCUGUUGUGGGUAAUGGGUGA